UCUAUAAAUAUAUUAUAUCUAUGGUUGUGUAUGCAAUACGAUAUAAUCGAUUUCACAUGUUUCGAACGAAUGAAAUGUAUCGUUAUGUCUUCUUUUAAGUAUUAAUUAUUUUCAAGUGUUAGAUUUAAAGAUAAUGAAAAAUCAAUCUACACAUAUAUCAUAACAAACGCUAGUUCAAUAAUGGCAACGUAUCAUCUAUUAUCGUGGGGUGCUAAUUCUCAUGGACAAUUAGGGCAUGGUAUAAGAUCGGAGCAAUGCGUUCUUCCACAAGAAAUUGAUUUAUCGUUGUAUUCCUUUAAAGCAGAAGAUAUUCGAAAGAUCGUUGGCGGUGCUGGGCAUUCAUUGAUUUUGGAUAAAAAUGGACACGUUUAUUCUUGCGGAUGGAAUAACAAAGGACAAUUAGGUCAACCGAAAAAGGAAGAUAAAUUAAAUUUCGAAAGAGUACGCGGAGUUUUAGAAAAUGAAAUCAUCGUUGACAUCGCUUGUGGAUGGGAUUCUUCGGCAGCAUUGACAAACGAAGGAAAAUUAUAUAUGUGGGGUUCAAAUAGUUUUGGACAAUUAGGAAUAGAUCCUUUGGAGCUCCGUCAUUCUUACGAACCUAUCGAAACUAUACCUUGCGAAAAUAUUGAGCAAAUUGCGAUGGGCUUAAGGCACACCGCUGUAAUAACUCAAGAUCAUCGAAUUCUUAUGUGCGGUGCAGCUAACAAAGGACAAUUAGGUCUUAAGAACGAAUUCAAUGAUGACAUAGAAAAGAAAAGCAAACAUAACUAUUGUCCUUUUACAUAUGUUCCAGAAUUGAAAAAUUCAAUGAGUGUUUCAUGUGGACAACAUCAUACCGUGGUAGUCACAGACAAAGCAGAGGUAUAUGUCUUUGGUGCAAAUAAUUAUGGACAAUUGGGUAUUGAUAAUGAGCUUUUUCCAACUAUUUCUAUGCCAACAAAAUUGACAAAUGUGCAUUUUAAUCUGCCAAUAGAGACGCACACAGGAUGGACGCAUACGAUUAUUUUAACCGAUAAUCGGCUCUUCGCUUGGGGCAGAAAUACCUAUGGUCAAUUAGGGCAAGAAAAAAGAGCUGUACUUUGGAAGCCAGAUCUAAUAGAAAACAUACCUAAAAUAAAUCAACUUUCAAUUGGUUCACAGCACAAUUUAGCUCUUACUGGUAAUCAAGGAUAUAUACCAUUUUAUCUUAUAAAAUUUGAUAUUUUGAUAUUUUAUACAGAUGAAAAAACUGUAUUAUGCUGGGGUUGGAACGAGCAUGGAAAUUGUGGAACCGGGGACAUUUUCGAUGUACUAUUACCAAAACCCGUUUCGUUACCGCUGCAUUCAAAAGGAAUCUUGAUUGGUACCGGUGCAGGACACUCGUUCGCUGUGAUAAGAAAAGAAAAUUGUCGAAGAACAACUGUUACUACGUACGAGCGGACGAACGAAAUAACCAUUUUAUGUAGUGUCGAAGAAUUAUUUAAAAAACAAGACAUUUCAAAGAUAGUUGAAAAGGUGACGCUUACAAGAAUGUUGCGCGCUAGAUCUCAGAGUAGCAUUUGCGAACAGGAGGCAAAAUUCGUGCACGAUCGAAUCACAGGCGUGGAAAAACAUUUUGCCGAGUUAUGCGCAAUAUUCGCGGCGUUUACCAGAAAGGCAGCAAGAUUGCGAGACAAAAACGACGAAGUUGCUAAAACGAUACAUACUUAUGCCGAAUCAGAAUUAAUAAAUCGAUCCUUAAGUAAUGGUCUUUUAAAUUUAUCCGCAACAUUAUCCGCUAUAGGCGAUUACAGAGAUGCUCAAGUUCAAAGGCUAGAUGCAAAAGUAGUAGCACCGUUAUCUCAGUAUGCAACUAUUUGCAAACACGCGCGCGACGAUGUUAAAAACACUUUUUCAGCUCGCGACAAAGAACUUACAAAGAGAAAGCAACUGGAUAAAAUUAGAGAAAAAAAUCCAAGAAAUCGACAGAUGAUCUCACAAGCGGAAUCUGAAUUGAUGAAAGCAGCCGUUGAAGUUUCUAGGGUGAUAAAAGGUUUGGAAGAACAAAUCGAUUCUUUCGAGCGACGAAAAUUGCACGACCUUAGGAACGUACUUUUGGAUUUUGUUACGAUCGAAAUGAGUUUUCAUACAAAAGCUAUUGAACUUCUUACUAAGGCGUACCAGGACAUUGCCGAUAUAAAUGAGACUAAAGAUCUUGAAGAAUUUCGAGAAACUAUGCGUGUACCAGAUUCUAUUACAAGAUUGGAUACAGUCGGAAGAACGUCUUUUCGACAAGCUUAUUCACUUUCGAAUUUGGCCAGUCGAUUUACAUCCUCUCCUAUGAUUCCGCAAAAGUCUCCUCGCGAUCGAACGUCAGAACUGGCGGACUCAUUGAAAACUGGUUUCACUAAUUCUUCCGAAUCCAUACAAGUGGAAGAAUAUGCGAACAGUUCGGAAGAAACAGAUUCUGAAUCGUUUGAAGAAAAACCAGUGAGAACUAGACACAAAUCUAUGUGA